AUGGCAAAAAAGAAAAAAUCCACUACCAGUGAUAAUGAUUUAUCUUCUGAAGACGCACGUCGUGAAUUUGGAAUUUCUAUUGAAGAAUUAGAAAAAUUGAUGGAAACACGAGGCCAUGAAGGUAUUAAAGAACUUAAUGAAACAUAUGGUGGUCUUAGUGGCUUAUCUGAUGAUGAAAUUGAUUUAUCAAAACGUAUAGCUGCCUUUGGUCGUAAUGAAAUUCCACCAAGACCAUUUCUUCGUUUUAUGUUUGAUGCUUUACAAGAUUGGACACUUAUUAUAUGUGCUGUCAUUUUAUCAUCCAAAGAUAUUAUUGUUGGUGAUAUAUGUGAAAUUAAAUAUGGAGAUGCAUUACCAGUCGAUGGUAUUGUUGUACAAUCAAAUGAUCUCAAAGUUGAUGAAUCAUCAUUAACUGGAGAAUCAGAUUUAAUUAAAAAAUAUGAAUCAAAAGAUCCAUUUCUUCUUUCAUGUACAUAUGUUGUGGAAGGUAGUGGUAAAAUGUUAGUUUUGACUGUUGGCGAACAUAGUCAAACGAAAAUGAUAUUCAAGUUACUAGGCGCAAUCAAAGAAGAAAAUAAUCAUGAGAAAAAAACAAAUGAUAAUGUAAAACAAAACGCAACUAAAUCACAAGAAUUUAUAUCUGGUAAUGCCAACCUAACAAGUAAUGAAGAUGAUUCUGAUCGUUUUAAAGUAAAAGAACGAUCAAUUUUACGUACACAAUUAACAAAAUUAGAUAUGCAGAAGAAUCUUUUUUUGCUUCUAGGAAUGGCAAUUGUUAGUUUAACUAUACUUGUUCUAUUGGUUUCAUUUCCAAUUGAAGAAUUGGUUCAAGGACGUGAAUGGGGUUAUAAAUAUUGGAGUCGAGUUGUAAGAUGUUUAAUCACUUGUAUAACAACAUUCAUCGUUGUCGUACCUGACGGUUUAUCAUCAGCUGUAACAAUAUCAUUAGCAUGUGCUGUUAAAAAAAUGGCAAUAGAUAAUAAUUUAGUUCGCAAUUUGGAUCCUCCAUCAGAAAAAGAAACAUUACCAGAACAAGUUGGAAAUAACAUUGAAUGUAGUUUAUUAGGUUUUAUUGAUGCUCUUGGUGGAAAUUAUCCAGAAGAAAAAUUUGUUCAUAUUUAUAAAUUUAACUCAGCACGAAAAACUAUGUCAAACAGUGCAUCUGAAAUUGUUUUAAAAAAAUGUAAAACAAUAUUAACUCAUAAUGGAGAUAUUGUACCAUUUUCAAAUGUUGAUUAUGAUCGUCUUAUACAAAAUGUUAUUGAACCAAUGGCAUGUGAUGGUUUACAUACAAUAUGUAUUGCAUAUAGAGAUUUUUCAUCAGAUAAUUUACCCGAUUGGGAUGAUGAAAUUAGUGUUGUUGAUCAAUUAACAUGUAUUUGUCUAUGUGGUAUUGAAAAUCCUCUAUGA